UAACUCCAAAUCCGAUAUCUAUAUUGAAUGAAUUGCAUCAAAGAUUACGAACUGGGAAAUUACCUAUGUAUGAAUUUCUGAUUGAACCUACUUCUGGUCGUUUUGAUUGUAAACUUGAAAUCUUCGGUAAAAUUUAUAGAACUGAUCAACCGAGAGUACGUAAACAACAAGCGAAAGAAGAUGUUGCUCUUAUUGCUCUCAAAGAUCUUGUAAAUGAAAGUUCAUAUCCUGGUAUUGCUGAUUCUGUGGGUCAAGAUGUAAUGAACCAUUUUGAACCACCUGAUAAAAAUUCUGUAGAUGAAAAUUUUAUGCCAAAAUCUGAGAUUUGGUAUCGUAAACAAUUAAUUGAUCAUCCGGAAAAAAAGCCUCGGGUUAUCCUUUUAGAAUAUUGUCAGAUGAAACGUUUAUCAACUCCAGAGUACCGUGGAAGAACUGAUGAGAGAGGUCGUUAUUUUUUUGAUUGUGUUGUUGGUGAUCGUAUUUUUAGUGCUGAAGGUGUAGGUUUUUUAAAGAUGGCUGAUGCUAAAGAUUGUAUUGCGGCAAAAGCUUUUUCAUUACUAUAUCAAGAAUUCUGUGAGCAAGAACGACUUCAAGAAAAAAGUCUUAGAAAUGCUUCAGAUUCUUAUCCUGUUAAAAAUAUGCGUGCUAUUUUACCUCCACCUGGUAAUUUGCCAGUAACUAAUGGUAUGAGUACAAAAAGCACAUUAUCGAUAAGUAAUUCGAACAAUCAGAUCGUCCCGAAUAAUUACAUAGGAUUAAAUUUAUCUUCAGCCGCGAAUGAUAUUAGUACAGCAAGCUUAGUAUUACCUUCAUUGGAUGAAGAAUUGCAAUUUAAGAAUGACUCUCAUGAAUCAUCUAGAAUACAUUCAUUGACUGCAUCAUUGUUGCCAACAAAUUCUGAACAAUCUUUGGCGUCACCAUUAUCAUCAACUAGUACAGAUCGAUCUUUAAUUCAAACAAUGUCUUCAACUACUACAGAUCGAUCUUUUGUGCCACAAUUAUCAUCAACCAGUACAGAUCGAUCUUUGAUUCCAGCGUUGCCAUCAACCAGUACAGAUCGAUCUUUGACUUCAACACUGCCAUCAACCAGUACAGAUCGAUCUUUUAUUCCAACAAUGACAUCAACCAGUACAGAUCGAUCUUUGGUUCCAACAAUGACAUCAGCCAGUACAGAACGCUCUUUGGUUCCAACAAUGACAUCAGCCAGUACAGAACGCUCUUUGGUUCCAACAAUGUCAUCAACCAGUACGGAACGAUCUUUGGCUCCAACAAUGUCAUCAGCCAGCACAGAACGAUCUUUGGUUCCAACAAUGUCAUCAACCAAUACAGAUAGAUCUUUUUCAGCAUUGACAUCAACCAGUACAGAUAGAUCUUUUUCAGCAACGUCAUCAACCAGUACGGAUAGAUCUUUGAUUCUACCAUCUUCAUCUCAAAUAUCUAAUAAUGGAUAUCAUCCAUAUCGAGCAUUAAACUCUCCAAUUCAACGAUUUCCUCAUCAUCAAAGUUCUUCAUCACAAAAUAUUCCAAUAAGAAAUGAUGUUCAAGCUAAAAGGUUCACUAGUUUGCUAUAUGAGAAAGCUCAAGCAAAACGUUGGGAUCGUCCAAAUUUUGAUUUUAUAAAUGCAGUUGGUGGUUUUUAUUGUAAAGUUACGAUUAACAAUCUAACUUUUACCGGAAAAGUUUGCAGUAAAAAAGCGGAUGCAAAGGAGGAUGCCGCUGAGAUUGCUUACUGUCACCUUGUCAAGAAUGACAUGUAA